UCCAGCAACCUAAGGACGCGUGCUUGAAUUUGAAAUCAGGAAAAGAGCUUUCUAACAUUAAAAUAGCACUACUCUGGUUUAGUCAGGACACUAGCUACCUUGAUGUAUACAUUUUACAACGUCGCUGCAUUUUGUUCUGCCAGAUUUGCGUGAAAAAGUUUAUGACUGGGAGUUAAACCGCUGCUUAACCUCUGUAUCACUUACCGCUUACCAUCGGAGGGAGAAGAUACCACUUUUGAGAUGAAAGGAGGCGUGCUUCAUUGCCAUUGCUCAAAAUGUUAUUCUGUCCCGGUUCGGAAACGAGUGCGUAAGCGGACCCCAUCUCUAACCUUGCUGUCUCUUCCUGAGGAGGUCUUGCUGUGUGUGCUCCAGUGCCUCUCUGCUGAAGACCUGCUUUCUGUCAGAGCUGUUCACUCUCAGCUACGAGACAUUGUUGACAACCAUUCCAGUGUUUGGGCCAGGAUUAGUUUUAAAGAUACCUGGCCUACUCCUACAUCAUUAUGGCUUUUUGAAAAAGCUGCUGAGAAAGGGAAUUUUGAAGCUGCUGUAAAACUCGGAAUUGCCUAUUUAUAUAACGAAGGACCAUUAUUAAGUGAUGAGGGAAGAGCUGAUGUGUGUGGCCGUAAAGCGUCCCACUACUUCAGUCUUGCAGAAGGCUUGCGAGCUCAGAGCGCUGAUCCCUUUAUAUGGGUGUUCAUCCGUCCUCCUUGGUCUCCUUCUGGUAGUUGCUGCAAAGCUGUAGUAUAUGACCAUCUGAAGAAUGAAUGUGACAGAAACAAGGAUAAUCGAGGACCCUUAUUACACUGUUUGGCCCGUGUUCUACAAUUUUUUGAGGAGGAUGAAAAGUACGAUGAAGCUAUGGCUAUGUUGGAGCAGUCUUCUCUGGCUGGUUGUCUUCAGAGUUCAUACUCUUUAUGGGAGAUUAACCGGAAAACAUCUAGCAGUGACCCUGGAAGGUAUCUACAGUGUGUACGUACUCUCAGGGACUAUGCUGCCAAAGGAUGCUGGCAGGCACAGUUGACCCUGGCUAAACUGUGCAGUGCUGGAAAUCCGCUGGGUUUAGAAACAAAGGCCUGUACUGACCUGGUGUCUCAACUUUUUAGUGUGCCUAACACAUCAGCCAAAUCUGACACUUCAGCCAUCCUAAAACGAGGCAUCAAGGACAGCAUGAGGUACAUAUUGGUGGACUGGCUUGUGGAAGUAACUACGAUGAAGGACUUCUCCAGCCUGACAUUGCAUGUGACAGUGGGCUGUGUGGACCGAUAUCUGGCCCAGCGUUCUGUUCCCAAAGCUUGCCUUCAGUUAUUGGGAAUAGCCUGCAUGGUAGUUUGUACAAGAUAUGUUAGUAAAGAAAUUUUAACUAUUCGUGAAGCUGUCUGGCUUACAGACAACACAUACAAAUAUGAGGAUUUGGUUCGAAUGAUGGGAGAAGUUGUUUCUGUGCUGCAAGGCAAAAUCCGA